CCAGUGCAACCAUGUUGUCACCAUUAUUCGAUACAAAAGUAAAGUACCAUUUAUUUUUCAUCUAUUCUUUUUUAACUAGCCUACUUUUAAUUGCGUUAAGAGUUCCGCAUCAGUCGGCAUACACUUGUCAGUCUGAACUCUCUGCAUCUGCAAAGGGAGUGGAUCUGCUAUCCCUUCCCCCAUCACCACCACCAUCAUCACCGCCGGACCAGUGAACACCAGGCUCGGUACAUCAUUUCACCGUGAUGGCAAAUGAAUUCCCAGAAAGCAGAGAAGGAACUGCCAACUCACGCCAUGCCACCCUCACGUCGUCUCUAGACGUGAGCACGUCUCUAGAUCACAGUGUCCAGACGCGGAUUUUUAAAAUCAUUGUCAUCGGGGACUCAAAUGUGGGCAAGACCUGUUUAGCCUUCCGCUUCACCGGCGGAGCCUUCCCCUGUAAGACUGAAGCCACAAUCGGCGUGGAUUUCAGGGAGAAAGCCGUGGAGAUCGAGGGCGAGAAAAUAAAGGUGCAAGUAUGGGACACAGCGGGCCAGGAGCGCUUUCGGAAGAGCAUGGUGGAGCACUACUACCGCAAUGUGCAUGCUGUUGUAUUUGUAUACGACGUCACAAAAAUGGCCUCAUUCCAGAACCUAAAGACCUGGAUUCAGGAGUGUAACGGGCACGGGGUGUCAUCUUCGGUGCCUCGUGUUCUGGUGGGUAACAAAUGCGACCUAGUUGACCAGAUCCAGGUCCCUUCCAACACUGCCCUCAAGUUUGCAGAUGCCCAGAACAUGCUACUGUUUGAAACAUCAGCCAAAGAUCCCAAGGAGAGCCAGAACGUGGACUCCAUCUUCAUGUGCCUGGCAUGUCGUCUAAAAGCCCAAAAAUCCCUGAUCUACAGAGACGUGGAGAGAGAAGACGGCAGAGUGAGGCUGACACAUCAGCCCGACCCUAAGAGUAACUGCCCUUGUUGAGGACCCUAAAUUGUGAAAUUAUUAACAUUGAUAAUUCACAAUGCAAGAAUGUGCCUGCAACUAAUUUUAGUUACUUUAUGACAGCUGCUCCAUGAACUCUCUUUGUGUGUGUGUGUGUGUGUGUGUGUGUGUGUGAUUAUCUUUCAUGUUCUUUUCUUCAGUUACGCCAUCACUAAAAAGGCAAAUCCCACAAAACCUGUCAAGAACAUGUUCAAGUUGUGUCAUCUCAAAAUCAAAAGA